UGUGCGCUCAACUAACUAAGGCCACUAGUUUACGAUUGAGUGAAUACCGCUGCAACGAUGAAUAUAACCUCCGCCGCGUUACAGGCGGCGCCGCCGUCAUGGUUCUACCAUCGCCACCGCCCCUUCCCGCUGUCGACUACGAAAAUAACAAUUGUCCGUAGAAUCUCAGGUGCUACUCUCUUGGUAAAAACCAGCAGCCAGGACUCCGCCUCCACCUCCACCUCCACUUCCGCCGCCGAACGACAACUGGAAAAUGAUGACGUAGAUCCCCAGGCUCUUCAAUAUGUUUCUCAAAUCAAGACAGUUUUGGAGCUUCUCAAGAAAAACAGAGACAUGCUCUUCAAUGAGGUGAAAUUGACUGUGCUGAUUGAAGAUCCUAGAGACGUUGAGCGCAGGCGUCUUCUCGGCAUUGAUGAUGAGAACGCGCCUACGCGUGACGAACUUGCUGAUGCUUUAGUACAAGUGAAUGAAGGAAAAAUACCUGAAAAUCGUCUUGCAUUGCAAAUGUUAGCAGAGGAAAUGCUUCAGUGGCCAAAUUUAGAGGUCGAAGUGCAAAAGAAGAAACCGCCUGGCAAAUCCUUGUAUGCAAAAUUUACAGACACAGGUAUCAAUCCAGUAGAGGCUGCAAAGAUGCUGAACAUGGAUUGGGAUUCAGCUGCUGAGAUUGAGGAUGCCGAGAUAGAUGAUGUGGAAGUGCCCCCUGCUGUGGGAUACGGAGCUCUGUACUUGAUCACAGCAUUUCCAGUCAUCAUCGGCGAAAACAGAGGCGACGUCUGUACUAGUUCAUCGCUUCCUGCCACCAGCUGCGAGUGGGAAAUUCGUAAGCUGCAGUCUCCCCAACUCGCCACGCGAGUCGAAGCAGAAGAAGAAGCGCAAGAACCAGCAGUCGCCCCUGGCACGACAGCAGUCCGUGGCGCUCGGCAAUCUUGAGCGGCUGCGGAUGCAGAGGAGCAAGUCGUGCGGAGAGGGAAGGGCCUCCCAGCCGUCCAUGGACCUGGACCUAUGGCACCGUGGUGAGAUGAAAGCAGAAGGGGGAGGAGGCGGCGGCGAG